UCAAAGAACCCUUUCUCUAUUUGCCUUUACUUAUGUCAACUUAAUUCUUUGUUCUCGAAGAUUGCCCCCCCCUUUAGCUUUAAGGCUCAUCAAUACUUGAUUGGCAAAUUGCGCUAUGCGCUGAUCUUCAAGAUUCAUCUCCGCGCUCGCACGACGCGCGCUGUCACAUCUCCUUUUCAAUAUCUUGCGCCUCAGCAGAUACCACCAACAUCAUGGCGCAAUCAGGUGUCGAACAACCACCGUUGAAUGGCGAAAAAGCGCCUGCUCCUGAACCGCGCAAAUUCAAGGCCUCAGAUCUUCCUCUACCUUCCGCGACAAGAGCAGCAAUAGAAUCGCUUGCCCAUAGCUUCAAGAAGGAGGGAGCCUACGAUUCUAUUCGAAAACAAGUUUGGGACAAGUUUGAAGCCAGCGAUUACGAGGCGCAGGUCACAAAAUCGAUUCUCGAGGUGGCCGAGCAGGAAAUUGAGCGCAACCCACAGCAGCUUCUCACACUUGACCGGAGAAAGGCUGCAGCUCUAAUCGAUGGCGCUCUAGAGAGAUCUGGGGUUUAUCACAAAGCUGAAGAUGUCAUUAGCCAGCUGAUCGAUGUGGGCGCCAUAGAGGAGCGAAUCCGCGAAACACGCCGGGCCGAAGUCGGCGAGGAAGCAGCUGAGGCAGAAAAGCUUCGAGGCGCCAAAACAGACGAAGAAUAUGAGGCUGAGACUGAGGCUCGACGUGCGGAGCGUGAAAAAGUUCGGGAAGAACUGCGACAAAAAGAGGCUGCAAUCGAGGAGGAGAAACGGAGGAUCCUCAAAGAGGAACGAAAGAAGGAAGAGCGAGAGCGAGAGAAAGCUGAAAUCAAACGCCAGGAAGAAAGAGAUGAGCGUCGUCGAAAGCGCGAACAAGAGCGCGAGGAACGUGAAAGACUCCGAGAUAUUGAAAGAGAAAAGCGACACAAAGAGCGCGAGCGUGAUAGGGACCGAGACCGUGACACAAGGGAUAGAGAUAGAGACAGGGACAGGGACAGGGACAGGGACCGCGAUCGGGAUAGGGACCGAGACCGAGAUCGCGACCGGGAUCGUCAUCGUGAUCAUGACCGACAUAGGGAUGAUCGCCACAAGGAGAAACCAGCGGUCUCUACAGAGCUGAAAGAGAAGCUCUCCAAAGAAGAACACGACCGACUGGAGCAAGAGGCUCUGGCCGAUCUGCUCCGCGAAAGCUCCAAGCCAGCCCAAAAGCAAGAGUUGGAGAUUGAUUCUUCCCUCGCACCGCCGCCACGCAAAACGGGGCCCGUUUCGGCUAUCAACCCGAUCAGGCGAGAACGUUCGUCGAUUGCAGAGGGCCGCAAAACCAGCGAUGCAGGGCUCGGAGCUGAACGGGAUGGCCCUGGAACACCUGCACAGGCCAAGAGACCUGACGCGGACGAUCGAGAGCCGAGUCGUAGUGCUUCUCGGAUCGUCGACCGCGAUGGGGAUCGCGAGAGAGAUAGAGAACGUGAUCGCUUAAGGGAACGAGAUUCUCGUCGCGAUAGACGCUCAAACUCCCCACGCAGAGGCAUCAGUGGUUCGCGUGUUCGGGACAGACGUGACAGAAGCCGGUCUCGAGCUAGAAGGGAGAGGACUCGUUCACGAACUGGCAGAGAGGACCGUGCUGUUAGAAGCCGAUCACGACCCAAGUAUGACCACUACGAGCGAAGCAGAUCCCGAAGGCGUGAUCGUAGCCGUUCUCGACCUAGAGUGGUCGAGCGAAGAGAGAGAAGCCAAUCUAGACCUAGACCCGAGCGCCGAGAUCGAAGCAGAGACAGAAGGGACCGCUCACGACUGCGCUCUGAUAGACGGGAUAGGAGCCGUUCCCGUACUCGACGUGAUCAGAGCAGGUCUCACGACACUCGCCUUGGUGGAGCUGAUCAUUAUGAUCCUCGAGAAAGAGACCGUGAACGAGACAGAGACCGACCUCGUGACCGAGAGCGCGGCCGCGAGAGAUCUCCUCUGAGACGCAGAAGCCGAGAAAGGCCUGGUAACGACCGUGAUCAAGCAAAGCCUCGCGAGAAGGAACAGGAAAAAGCGGCCCCCGAGAAAGAACGGGAAAAGGAAAAACCAAAUGAGCGUCGUAGUCGCUCUCCCUCACGAGCCACCGCCACCGCCGCACGACCGAGCUCCAGCAAAGCUCAGGAUGGCCUUGAGGAGUGGAAGAUGGAAGAAGUCAGAAAGCGGGAAAAAGAAGCCAAGGCUUAUCUGGCGGCUCAGAAGGACGCCAGGAAUAAAGGCCUCCCAAUCCCUGGACUCGACGAUAAAAAAAGCAGUGGUGAAAUAUCUCCUGACAUACGCCGCCGCCGGAUUCAGGACGAUAUUGACAGAUACACGCCUGGAGGUCGUGAGGAGCGGAGGAGAAGUCGUUCCAGGAGCCGCAGCCGACAACGUGAUGCAACAAAAGAUCGAGACCGGGAAAGAGAAAGAGACAGAGACAGAGAUAGAGGUGAUCGUGAUAAGCUGAGGGGUGGAGAUAGCUAUCGCGAGCGAGAUAGGGACAGAGAUCGUGAUAGGGACCGAGACCGAAGAGACAGGGACAGAGAUCGCGAUACGGAUCGACGUGAUCGUGAAAGGGAUCGUGAAAGAGAACGAUCGAGGGAUAGGAGGAACAGGCGAGAGCGUAGUCUAUCUCCUCGACGAGAAAGGCGGGGAAGUAGAAGCCGCCGUUGAUAAUGAGUUGGUUUUCACCUCAUAACAAUUACACUUUUGGCAGUUUUCAGGAGUAUUGGAGGUCUAGCCAUAUAGCUGGAAGUUCGUUUGCCAUGGGUUAGGUGGUUUAAUAAGAUACCCCUUUAAGCAUGAAUUGAUACCAUCAUAGCAGGGCUCUUCGACCAGUUUAGCAUCACAGCUCUACGACAGAUGGGAUACAUAAGUUCAUUGAAACGUUUGAUCAUUAUUAAAAGUCUAUAUAUAGUGCCUAAGUGAAAUCGUCAUCAAUGGGCAAACCAGGACGAGGUCACCCGAGUUACAUGCUCGCUAGAUAGCCCGUGAUAAUGCCAUAACGCGCCAGCAAUUAUCACGGUGAUGAAACCCAAACAUCCAAUCAUGAUGGCUUUGCGUAAAGUAGGAGACAUCUCGCCCUCUCGAUUUAGGGUACCGGUACCCCAUGCAACCGCUUCUUCCCACAUGUUGAGGAGUUGUUCGUAACCGAUCGAAUAUAGAACAAGACCCAUAAGGGCAACGGCGUAUCCCAGUGUUUGUGUAAGGGAGAUGUGAGUACCCCAAAGCACAACAGAAGCAGCCACGAGAAGGAUGCUCUUAAGAAUGCCACUCAGAGUCAUGACAAGUCCUGAUGUUUUACCGAUCUGAACAGGAGUUAGCAGUGAAAGUGAAUCGCGGGGGAUUGGAUUCUGGCUUACAAGGAAGACACUGAUGACAUUCAAGAAGAAUGCAAGGCAAGCAUUGGCAAGCAGUACGCCAUAACCGGCUUGAGCUGCAUCUUCCCACUUAAAUCGGGGGCCUUCACUGAACAAGACAACGACCAUGUUCAUAAGGGUACAAACAGGUGCGUAAUAGUAGAGGCCGACAAGAGGAUCCAUACGGAGACCCUCGGCACUGAGCAUGACCUGAAUCAUGACAACACGCACGGCUUCGGCAAUGGUGCCACACAUCUGAAAGAUAAAACCCCACCAGGAGAACUCGAUCUCUCCAAAACUGGAAAUGGCGACACCAGCAACAAUGAGCAUGAUGUUGCCAAAUGUCUUACUAUCCGGCUGAGCAACACCCCACACCCACGAAGCCACGAGAGUGCAGACAGGGCCGGUAGAUUUGAGCAUCUGAAUAAAAGCAACAGACAGGUAGAGGUACACGAUGUUGGAAAAGACGAGUGAGGCGGAGUAGAGGACGCCGAUAGGGAGAAUGGUCCGUAUGUAGAGUCGUCGAGUGAUUGGGAGUGAAUGGCGUGAAUCGAGAAGAGUAGUAGUGCGAGCAAGCAGUUGCGUUGCUAUUGUUGCAAAAACAAGAUGCCAUGUUGUGAGGAUGAUAGCUGGUAGCUUGUUAGUUUCACGUCAUGAUGCACUAUGCAUGAACAAGUAGAAUACUCACGAUAUCCUAUAAGGGUAAGUUAGCAAACGAAUUCAAUUUUGACGACUUGAUCGAUAGCAGGAAACUUACGGAAUCCAGCAGUGUCAAUUAGCCACUUGUUGAAGAGAAUCGUGGUGUUGGAAAAGAAAAUCCAUGUUCUGUUCAAACAUCAUGUUAGACAUCCCCGCACAUAUAGAACUUAUCCACAUCUAGAGUUCACAUACAUUAUGUAGACGGACGCGUGUAUUCUCGAACCUGUUCCCUGGUUUAGAGGCUUUUCUGAGAAUCCAUUGUCGACAGCCUCAGACCCACGCGACAUCCUGUUGUUGGCCUCCAGAUCAUUUGAUCCCGCCAUUGUUUCGAGUGUCUCAGUUUAAAAGUUAACAAUGCUUCGAUUUCGUUUCUCGAGUUUGGGAGGAGUAAGAAGUGAUCGAUGCCUUGCUGACUGUCGUCGGAGACACGAUACAGCGCGUAAAUAGUGUAAAGCCACCUGGAGCUAGACCCAAACUCUCCUCUUCGAGUGACGUAUUAUCCAAGGGAGAGCAGGGAGAGCAGGGAGAAAAAAGGUCGAGAAUCCAAAAAGAGAGAGGAGAAGAAAAGGGACCGAAAGUAAAGAAAAAGAAAUUCGGUGUCUUAAGAGGCUGGAAAGAGAGAGUUCGAUGAUGAGGAGGUCUCACAAGACAAGUCGAAUAGCACGGUUUGGGAAAGUGGCUGGUCGAGCAACUUCCUGUUGGUGCAAGCGGAAGCUGAUCUGAUGCGAGCUUGUUAGUUGCGACUGCCUUUAUUAGUGAUGUGAUCGAUCUGUGUAUGAAAGCAGGAAGCUUCAUAUACGUCGUUCUUUGUUCUCAGAAUUAUUUGCUUUUAGAUUUAUUGCAAAAAAACAAAGAAACAGAAGCAGAGACAAAAGUAGGAGAUAACCUUCAAAAUUUCGACAAGGCACCACACACGUGGGUUCAUCGUACUUAUUAACAAAACACGAUACAAUCGCAGUCAAGGAUGUACGUUUUCUCAUCGCGCUCAGCCUCGAAAUGGGCCUGCCCCUAGCCAAACGUCGGCUCAAUGUUGCCGAUCUCUGACAUAGACAACCCAACAUCGGCUCCCAAACGAACAAAUCCUACGACUUAACGCCCUGCUCUUCAGACAAAGACGCCGAGUUCCAACCAACAACUGGGUCAAAGAGCGGAACUAAUACGUCAACA